GCUCUGCUCGUUGGAAAUAAUUGAGCUCCAUCGGCCUCAACGUAAACUCAACUCGCCAAAAAGCCCGCAGCGCCGGACCCGCUAACUCGCUUCUGAACCUGUUGGGCGUAGAUCCCGGGUCAUGGCUGCAUGGACGCCACACCCCGUCGCAUGGGCGGCAUGGCAGCACUACGGAGGCAGGGAGGUAGGGAGGUAGGGCACUUUGCUAAGGAGUGAGGGAGUGCGCUACGGAACACAGCGGGUCAAUUUGGAUUGGAUAGAGGAGGGGGAGGACAGUACCGCUGAGUACAGUACAGUACAGGAAGUAGUAGUACUAAGCAAGGUAGCGAGAGUCGCAACGAAGGGCAGAAGGUGACGAAAGACACAACUUGGGUCUGGCUGGGCUCUAGUCGUGGGGAGAGGGAGAGAUGUGCUGGGGACAUGAGGGGUUGAGGGUUGACGGCCGGGAAGAGCGAGGUAAAUUUACGCUGCAAGUGCAGUGAUGGAGGGGCAGCUGGAGCGAGCAUCUGAGCAAGUUCAACAAUAGGUCUGCUCUGUUUACUUCGCUUCAGAGUUUUCACUGAUACGGAUGCUUGCUAGGUAGAAGUUAUCGCUCGGAUGUGUACAGCGAUGUCUAUUCAAGUUUUGAUUUCACAAUAUCACAGAAACAUCAUCAGCGUCAGCCUUCUCUCCGGCCACAAGCAACAAGGCAAUACUUCCAUUGCCGUCUUACCUUGCUGAGACAACACGUAGCAGACACACCCAUUACAUUCCACCUCGUGAUGUGUUCAUUUUGUACUCAAUAGCAUCAAGCAUUGGGUUCACACGGUGCAAACAUCUGGCCGUUCCUUUCGUCCUUUGGUGAGGCUGAUGAGAUUGCAAAAGGCUGACCGACUUUUUUCAUCUCGCCUAGGCAUGGACGUUGUUGUGUCGUGCCUCCAUUCUGUGGAGAGGACUGAGGAGAGUGGCAUGUUUUUACUGGGGACUGUUUAUGCACCCCAGUCACAGUUAACGAGGGACCCUCGUCCUUGGCCUGGGAGCCUGGGACUGGGAGCCUGGAUAGGGGUCGAGUCAGCGAAGCGAAACGAGACAUUCCAAAUUCCAACCCUCCCUUCCUCACUGAAGAACGGUGGUAUCUAGAGCAGCCCGAAGCAUUCUCGCGAUAAGAAGGUGCCUGCAGAUUGCUGAGAUGCGUACCUAUGCACAUGCGGAUUGAUGCGGGAUUCGGCCCCUCAGCAGGCCUGGCUGGUGCAGAGAAGCACAGCACGGAAGUAAAAGUUGGGAAGGCAGGGCAGAAUAUUACGUCGCUGCCGCUGGACCGUCAGGGUGGGUGUGGAUGUGGAUGUGGAUGCACCUACCUUACUUGCUGGUGGUUGUGGAAUGGGUGCGGCCCUGCAGCUCUUGGACCAGGGUCGAUGCCGCCUAGGCCAAGGACGGUUAGAUAGUACAACCCGUUGGGAGCUCCAGCAAAAGAUGUUCGAUUCAACAAGGCCAAACAGCCAAACAGCCAAACAGCCAGACAUACCCGAGUGAGCUUGAGGAUCAUCACUGCUGGAUUCCUCUCUACUUCUCCGCACCAUCUCCCAUCUCCCUCCUGCCAUACUCGCAAAACAUUUGGUCUUGUUGGAUCAAUUGUUCACAUUCUCCCUCCUCCCAAACCUCCUUCUACCACUCACCAUACGCCUUCUCUGUUGUAAUUCAUCGUUGCUUGUUUCCUUGCAUUGUCCCAGCAGCGUUCCGUCGCUUCUCGGAAACUUCAAAUUAGACUGAACUUACAACUGCCUACUCGACGGCAAACUAAUCGACUUCUCUACCUGUCUCUAAAAUCGAACUCUUUGAUACCCCUCUUUACCCGUCAAUACGUCUGCGGACGUUCGAUCCUGCAACAUGCGUCCCGAAGUCGAGCAGGAGCUCGCCCAUACGCUCCUUGUGGAGUUGCUGGCAUAUCAAUUUGCCUCGCCCGUGAGAUGGAUUGAGACGCAAGAUGUGAUUCUUGCAGAAAAGACAACUGAGCGCAUUGUGGAAAUCGGUCCGGCGGAUACUUUGGGUGUAAUGGCAAAGAGGACAAUUGCGUCCAAGUACGAAGCCUACGAUGCAGCGAAAUCCGUCCAGAGACAAAUUCUCUGCUACAACAAAGAUGCGAAGGAAAUCUACUACGAUGUCGAUCCAGUGGAAGACGAGCCAGAGCCAGUUGCUACUCAGUCUACACCUGCUGCUUCUGCUCCUUCGUCAAGCGGACCCCCCGCAGCAGCCGCUCCUCCUCCUCCCAGUGCUGGACCAGCAGCUUCAGUUCCAGAUGCUCCCGUUGGUGCAGUGGAUAUUGUGCGAGCACUGAUUGCUCAAAAGCUUAAGAAACCUCUUCUGGAAAUUCCUCUGAGCAAGGCAAUCAAAGAUUUGGUUGGUGGUAAAUCCACCCUCCAAAACGAGAUUCUCGGUGACUUGGGCAAGGAAUUCGGCUCUACACCCGAGAAACCAGAAGAUACCCCUCUCGAUGAGUUAGGAGCCUCUAUGCAGGCUACAUUCAAUGGCCAGCUCGGAAAGCAAUCGUCCUCCCUCGUUGCACGAUUGAUCUCUUCGAAAAUGCCCGGUGGCUUCAACAUUACUUCAGCCAGAAAAUACCUCGAAACAAGAUGGGGUCUUGGAUCCGGGAGACAGGAUGGUGUUCUACUGCUAGCUCUCACCAUGGAGCCUGCAGCUCGUCUGGGAUCUGAGAAUGAUGCCAAGGCAUUCCUUGACGAUGUCUCCCAGAAAUACGCUGGCAAUGCAGGCAUCAGUCUCUCUGCGCCAGUUGCUGGUGGAGAUGCAGGCGCUGCGGGAGCCGGAAUGAUGAUGGACCCAGCCGCAAUCGAUGCCCUUACCAAGGACCAAAGAGCUCUUUUCAAACAACAACUCGAGCUUUUCGCCAGAUAUCUCAAGAUGGACCUCCGCGCUGGAGAAAAGGCCUUCAUUGGCUCCCAACAAUCACAGGCAACUCUCCAAGCACAAUUGGAUCUUUGGAAUGUUGAGCAUGGUGAUUUCUACGCUGCCGGUAUUGAGCCAGUUUUCACACCACUCAAAGCAAGAGUGUACGAUUCUUCCUGGAAUUGGGCUCGCCAAGACGCCCUUACCAUGUUUUACGACAUUAUCUUUGGCCGUCUAAAGGCUGUGGACAGAGAAAUUGUCAGCCAGUGCAUUCGCAUCAUGAAUCGAUCAAAUCCUACACUCUUGGAGUUCAUGCAGUAUCACAUUGAUAACUGCCCCACAGAGCGUGGCGAGACAUACCAGCUCGCCAAGGAGCUCGGCCAGCAACUCAUCGAGAACUGCCGUGAAGUUUUGGACACAGCUCCUUGCUACAAGGAUGUCGGUAUUCCAACUGGACCUCAUACCACGAUUGAUGCUCGCGGAAACCUGUCAUAUGCAGAAAUCCCACGAACAAGUGCACGGAAGCUCGAGCACUACGUUCGCGAGAUGGCUGAUGGUGGCAAGAUCUCUGAGUAUGGCAACCGUACCAAGGUUCAGAACGAUCUCAGUCGUAUCUACAAGCUCAUCAAACAACAACACAAGCUCUCUAAAUCAUCUCAGCUCCAGAUCAAGGCACUCUAUGGCGAUGUCAUUCGAUCCUUGGCCAUGAGCGAAGGCCAAAUCAUCCCCAAAGAGAACGGAAACGGCAAGAUAAACGGUGUCAAGAAGGCUCGCAAUCCUCAUGCCAAGACUGGCAAGGUUGAGACAAUACCCUUCUUACAUUUGAAGCGGAAGGAUGAGCAUGGAUGGGAGUACAGCAAAAAGCUCACAGGUCUUUACAUCGAGGGCUUGGAGACAGCUGCAAAGAAUGGUGUUACCUUCCAAGGAAAGAAUGUGCUGAUGACUGGUGCUGGUGCCGGUUCUAUCGGUGCCGAUGUCUUGCAAGGCUUGAUUAGUGGAGGAGCAAAGGUUGUUGUUACUACCAGCCGUUUCUCUCGCGAGGUUACCGAGUACUAUCAGUCCAUGUACUCUCGCUUUGGCUCUCGAGGCUCUCAACUCAUUGUUGUGCCUUUCAACCAAGGAAGCAAGCAAGAUGUGGAGGCUUUGAUCGAUUACAUCUACGACACCAAGAAGGGUCUUGGAUGGGAUCUGGACUUCAUCGUCCCAUUCGCCGCUAUUCCCGAGAAUGGUCGUGAGAUCGAUAGCAUUGACUCAAAGUCUGAGCUUGCUCACCGCAUCAUGUUGACAAACCUUCUCCGCAUGCUUGGAGCUGUUAAGACGCAAAAGGCAGAGCGCGGCUUCGAAACUCGACCAGCUCAGGUCGUUUUGCCCCUGUCACCCAACCACGGUACCUUCGGUAACGACGGUCUGUACUCUGAAUCCAAAUUGGGACUGGAGACUUUGUUCAACAGAUGGCACUCCGAGAACUGGGGUAACUUCCUCACAAUCUGCGGUGCUGUUAUUGGAUGGACCCGUGGUACUGGUCUCAUGUCCGGAAACAACAUUGUUGCCGAGGGCGUCGAGGCAUACGGUGUCCGCACUUUCUCUCAACAGGAGAUGGCUUUCAACUUGCUCGGCCUCAUGUCGCCAUCAAUUGUUGACCUUUGCCAAUCUGAGCCAGUCUUUGCUGAUCUGAACGGUGGCCUCCAAUUUAUCCCAGAUCUCCAGAACCUGAUGAUGAAGCUCAGAAAGGACAUCAUGGAGACUAGUGAGGUCCGACAAGCUGUUACCAAAGAAACCGCCAUUGAGAACAAGAUCGUCAACGGAGAAGACAGCGAAGCUCUCUACAAGAAGGUCACCAUCGAGCCCCGUGCCAACAUCAAAUUCGAGUUCCCUCGCCUUCCAGACUGGGAGAAAGAGGUCGAGCCGCUCAACGAGAACCUUAAGGGUAUGGUUGACCUUGAGAAGGUCGUUGUCGUCACUGGUUUCGCUGAAGUUGGACCUUGGGGUAACUCUCGUACCCGAUGGGAGAUGGAAGCUCACGGAAAGUUCUCCCUCGAGGGUUGUGUUGAGAUGGCAUGGAUUAUGGGACUCAUCAAGAACCACAAUGGUCCAAUCAAGGGCAAGCAAUAUGCCGGCUGGGUGGAUGCCAAGUCUGGAGAGCCCGUCGAUGACAAAGACAUCAAGGCCAAGUACGAGAAGCACAUCCUUGAGCACUCUGGUAUUCGUCUUAUCGAGCCUGAGCUUUUCAAAGGUUACGAUCCCAACAAGAAGCAACUCCUUCAAGAGGUCGUUAUCCAAGAAGAUCUAGAGCCAUUUGAGACCUCCAAGGAGACAGCCGAGGAAUUCCAGCGCGAGCACGGAGACAAGGCUGAGAUCUUUGAGAUCCCUGAAUCUGGCGAGUACAUUGUGCGCAUGAGAAAGGGAGCAACACUCCUGAUCCCCAAGGCUCUGCAAUUCGACCGCCUGGUUGCUGGUCAAAUCCCAACUGGUUGGGAUGCUAAGCACUACGGUAUUCCCGACGAUAUCAUCUCUCAGGUCGACCCCGUCACUCUGUUCGUUCUUGUCUGCACUGUCGAGUCUCUUUUGGCAUCUGGUAUUACCGAUCCAUACGAGUUCUACAAGUAUGUUCACAUUUCCGAGGUCGGUAACUGUAUUGGUUCCGGUAUUGGUGGUACCCACGCUCUGAGAGGCAUGUACAAGGACCGAUUCUUGGACAAGCCGCUCCAGAAGGACAUUCUUCAGGAGUCUUUCAUCAACACCAUGAGCGCUUGGGUCAAUAUGUUGUUGCUCUCAUCCACUGGACCUAUCAAAACCCCAGUCGGUGCUUGCGCUACUGCUGUCGAGUCCGUUGACAUCGGGUACGAGACUAUCGUUGAGGGCAAGGCUCGUGUCUGCUUCGUCGGUGGUUUUGAUGACUUCCAAGAGGAAGGAUCCUACGAAUUCGCCAACAUGAAGGCCACCAGCAAUGCUGUGGACGAAAUUGCCCACGGCCGUACCCCAGCUGAGAUGUCCAGACCUACCACCACUACCCGAAAUGGUUUCAUGGAAUCCCAAGGUUGCGGUAUGCAAGUCAUCAUGACAGCUAAGCUUGCUCUUGAUAUGGGUGUUCCCAUCUAUGGUAUCCUUGGUUUGACCACUACCGCCACUGACAAGAUUGGCCGAUCCGUUCCGGCUCCUGGACAGGGUGUCCUCACCACCGCUCGUGAGAACCCCAGCAAGUUCCCAUCGCCACUCCUUGACAUCAAGUAUCGUCGCCGUCAAAUCGAUCUCCGAAAGAAGAACAUCAAGCAAUGGCAAGAAUCAGAGCUCGAGUAUCUUCAUGAAGAGAUUGAUGCUAUGAAGGCUCAAGGCCAGGAGUUCAACGAGUCUGAGUAUGCUCAAGAACGUGCACACCAUAUCGAGCGCGAAGCUGCUCGUCAAGAGCGUGAAGUCUUGAACAGUCUCGGCAACACAUUCUGGAAGAAGGAUCCAUCCAUUGCUCCUCUUCGUGGUGCCCUUGCUACCUGGGGUCUUACUAUCGACGAUCUCGAUGUUGCUUCGUUCCACGGUACCUCGACUGUGGCUAACGAUAAGAACGAGUCCUCUGUCAUCUGCCAGCAAUUGAAGCAUCUCGGCAGAAAGAAGGGUAACGCUGUUUUGGGUAUCUUCCAGAAGUACCUCACAGGUCAUCCCAAGGGUGCUGCCGGUGCUUGGAUGAUGAACGGAUGUUUGCAAGUUCUCGAUACUGGUUUGGUUCCUGGCAACAGGAAUGCCGAUAACGUUGACCAAAUCAUGGAGCAAUUUGACUACAUCGUCUACCCCAACCGAAGCAUUCAGACCGAUGGUAUCAAGGCUUUCUCUGUUACUUCGUUCGGUUUCGGUCAGAAGGGUGCUCAAGUGAUUGGUAUUCAUCCAAGAUAUCUGUUCGCCACUCUCGAUGAAGCUACCUACGCUUCCUACUGUGCCAAGGUUGAGUCCAGACAAAAGAAGACCUACAGAUACUUCCACAACGGAAUGAUCUCCAACACGAUCUUCGUGGCCAAGACACAUUCUCCAUACACCGAUGACCAGCAGGGAGAGGUCUUCCUCAACCCUGAUGCACGUGUAUCAAUGGACAAGAAGACGUCGACUCUGACCUACGCCCCUGGCUUUUCCAAAAAGACAAUCAACAAGGCCAAGAACGAGGCCACCAAGCAAAUGGUCGAGUCUUUGGCUAAAGGUGCCGCAACCGCCAGCAACAAGGUUGGUGUCGAUGUUGAAGACAUCUCAGCAAUCAACAUUGAGAACGACACAUUCCUCGAGCGCAAUUUCACAGAUGCUGAGCGAUCUUACUGCUUGAAGGCACCAAGUCCUCAGUCCUCCUUUGCUGGCAAGUGGAGUGCCAAGGAGGCUGUGUUCAAAUCUCUGGGUGUUGCAAGCAAGGGAGCUGGUGCGCCGUUGAAGGAGAUUGAGAUUAUCAACAACGAGAAGGGUGCUCCAAUUGUCACUCUUCAUGGUGGUGCCGCUGCAGCAGCGAAGAAGGCUGGUGUUAAGGAAAUCAGCAUUUCCAUCUCACACUCUGAUAGCCAGGCUAUUGCCAUCGCCGUCGCCUCUUUCUAAAGACAGACAGACAGACUUAGCCUUUCGUGUAUAUUUUGGUGUUUGUUUUCUGGCUUGAUUGCUAUGGCGGGAUGAUAAUAAUGGGCGUUCCUCGACUUUUGUACACGCUCAUCAAUCAAUGAAUGUGAAUUAUUUGUUUGUUUGCUCGUUCAUGGGAUUUUUUUGCAUGGUUUGAGCGUGAUAGAUGGGAAGGAAGAGAGAGAAGGACGAGAGAAAGAACACGGAGCUUGGCUUCUCAUAGUCCAUUCGUAUAUAGUAUGAAUAAAGUUUAGAC